CAAAACGUCCCAAUGAGAUCCAUCGGCCACUUGACAGUGAGAACAACCCUCGCCGUUGGAACGCUUACCAUCGUUGUAACGGUGGCAUGGAACACAUACCCACCCCGUCGGUGCAUCGUCCCGGUAUCUUCGUGCACGUGCGGUUUCGUCCACUUCGUUGUUGUGUAUUCUACGCGCUGCGAAUCCCGCAAGUUCCGAGUGAGGCUCGCGUGGUCCUUCUUUGGGAGAAGACAUGCAGCACCCCAUUUGAGAGGUCUUGUGCUCGAGCGGAACAACUUACCAGUGGAAAUGCCCACGGGCGGAUUAUAUGUCUACUUCCUGUGUGUGCUUGCUUCAUUCAGGUUGAUUGCUUCAUCCAUCACGCAUGACUGCGCUGGAAAGCCCUAUGGCCGACUUGUAUUCUUUUUGUCAAAUGACUUCCUCAUCAUAUGA